UGCAUGUGCGCACUGACACACACACGCACACGCACACACACAAAAGCCCUUCUCCACUGGGCGAACAACACAUCAACCACUGUAUGAAGACGUCUGCCUUCAGACCGACCACCCAGCUGGAGGCCAGAGCAGCGACGCUGGAUCUGGACUUGAACAUCAGCAAAGUGUCUCCUUGUUGGAUUAAUUUUGGCUUUCAUUGGUUUGAGUUGAGUUUUGGUGGCAGCAUCUUGGACCACGAGGUGAUACAACCUAGACGUUCUCUGUCCUGAGUGAGUUCUCUUCUUCUUCUUUUGCAUUUCCUGCCGUCCUGCAACUAUACCCCCUGUGAAUGCUGACAGUGGUAGGAAACCCUCAGAAAAGAGGAGGCGACGUGGUUACCAUGUGGAUCCCAACACCUAGCAUGACUCUCCCUCAGCGGGUGGUGUUGUAUGGGACAUGCGUUGUGGCAUUAUUGAACUCUGUGGGCCUCCUGGUGCUCUUAGUCCAGCAGAACCAGCAGCAGACCUGGCUGGAGCAGAUGGAGGCGAGGCUGGUGGAGGUGGAGCAGAGCUCGGUGGUGGAGUUCCUCCAGGAGGUGCCCAGGGGAGUGGCGGGGUUACGAGCAAAGGCUGGGGAACCGGCGCAGCACCAGUACCAAUACCAGUCCUCCAGGAACAAGAGGAGUGAAGGGCUGGAGAAGGAGUUCCAGCUGGAGGAUGCACUGCCGCUGCACCCGGACAUCAGCCAGGAGGUGACAGAGGAAGAGGAGAAGAAGAUGAAGACGAAGCAUAAGCAUCGACACGGCCAGAGUCACCACAAGGCGCAUGUGCAGGACGACAUGAUGAUGAUGAUGACGUACUCCAUGGUCCCGAUUAAACUGUUAAUCGACAUUUGCAACAGCACCAAGGGAGUCUGCAUCGCUGGACCUCCAGGACAUCCUGGUUUGCCUGGUGCUGAUGGUCUGCCCGGCCACAAUGGGACUGAUGGCGUCCCCGGAAUAAAUGGACUGCCCGGGGCUGAUGGGAAAAGAGGAAAAAGAGGAGAACCUGGUGACAAAGGAGAGCCCGGGGAGCCUGGGGAGCCUGGAGAGCCUGGAGAGCCUGGGGAGCCUGGGGAGCCUGGGGAGCCUGGAGUGCCUGGAGUGCCUGGAGUGCCUGGAGAGACAGGGGAACCUGGGGAACCUGGGGAACCUGGAGAGCCUGGAGAGAAGGCAGAUCCAUCCAAUGACGUCAUCACUGAGGGUCCCCCUGGUCCUCCAGGACCUCCUGGACCCCCUGGACCCAUGGGUCCUCCUGGACCUCAAGGACCUCCCAAAACAAGGCAUCACAGAGCCCACCUUCAUUCUGCUCAAACCCUGGGGCAAAUACAUGCAAUUCCAAAUGAUGAGACGUCAUCAGUAAAGGAGGCUGAGAAACACCACGUGAAGCCUAUGAAGAAGAAUGAAUGCCUGAUAAAGUCUCUGAUCAACCCCAGGAAUGUGACAAAGAUGGAGACCACAUUUGGCACAUGGAUGAAAGACACCGCUCUGCUGGAUGACGAGCGAAUAUGGGUGGCAGAACAUUUCUCUGGUCGAGUGGUGAAAGAGUACAAAAGCAUCGCCUCCUUCCAGAACAGCAGCAGUGACGUUGUGGAUGUCAGAAAGUUCUAUCAGGGCUGUGGUCACGUCGUCCAUAAUGGUUCCCUAUACUACCAUAUAGCCGGUACAUCCAGCAUUGCCAGAUUUGUAUUUGACACCAAGAGGCUUCACACUCUCAGCAUAGACAACGCGUUGCACCACAGCCUCGCCUACCUGCUCCACAACUCCAAGACCUACUUCAAACUCGCGGCGGACGAGAACGGCCUGUGGCUGAUCUUUGCCUCGAGUGUGGACGAGAGCAUCAUGGUGGCCCAGCUGGACCAGAAGACCUUCUCCGUCACGUCCUACAUAAACACCACCUACCCGCGCACCAAGGCGGGCAACGCCUUCAUCGCCUGCGGCGUCCUGUACGUCACCGACACCAAGGACACCAGAGUGACGUUCGCGUUUGACCUGCUGAAGGGGAAGCCGGUCAACAUGACCUUUGACCUGAGGCCUGCGGGCGGAGUUCUCGCAAUGCUCUCCUACAGCCCCAAGGACAGACACCUGUACGUGUGGGACCACAGCUACGUCAGGCUCUACGUGGUCCACUUCAUCUCUGAUGAGUGACGCGGACACGCCCACCUGGCAUGCCCACCUACUCCUUAAUCCAUCAUUAGAAACUGCUCAUAUUUAGGUUUCUUAAGAGAAAGGAAACAUAUCAAUCUUAUUUUUCUCCCGGAGAUCGUCCAAUAUAAAGACUGCUGUAUUUAUGUGUUUGCAACAUACACGUGAGGUUUUAAAUUAACAGUGUGAAAACGUGUGUUUUCUAUCAGUAUUAUGUAUGAAAUGAAUUUAAAACUGUAGUGCGUAACUUUAAAUAUAGCUGGAACAAAAGACUAUUGUCAAAUGAGUUCAUACCACGCUGAUUUAAGAUCCAGUGUGAAACAUUUAGGGGGAUUUAUUGACGGAAGUAUGUCUGUAAAAGUGUAUUAUCACGUAUAAAUUAAGUACUCUAGGCAAGGGUCUUGAUUUACAGAGCCACCAUCUUGUGCUACCAGCCCAAAAGGGACAAAGCAGUUGGAGUUGGUGUUUUGCAUUUUGAAGUUAAUGUUCACACUUGACCUUCACGUCUAUCAGUUCCACAUAGCCAUCUCCGUUUCUCAGCAUAGCGGUGUUCAGAUCUUGCGUUGAGACUCCUGUGCCGCGCACAGGAAGUGAUUUGUUUCACGUCAACGUUGCGCUAGUAAAGCAGGGCGACAGCAAACAAGUUGGAGUACGACUGAAAAAAAAACACAAAAUGAUUCAAAAAGGCGAAAUCUACUGCUCAAAAAACUUGAUUGUACUUGAUAAAUGCUUCUUGUUCCCCACCCGCCUCUGCACUGCCAGUGGGUACACACAAACGCUCCCUUAGCCAGGACAUCCUUUCUGUUGACAAAAAAAAACAAAAGAAAGGUAGAAAACAACAAAAGUUACGCACUGCAGCUUAAAAUCUAAGCUUUUUAUGAUCGUCUGUCGUACGCCAUGACAUUAUUUUGUGUAUUUGCAUGACACCCAGUAUAUUCCCUUUUAUGAAUCUUUUUAUACAGACAUGCGUGUUACAUAUCCUAUCAGAUAAACUGUACACAAGUCAGUCUUGUCAUCCCUGAUCACUCACUCCUCACGUCAAACAAACCAAAAAAUAAAUAAACAAGUGUCCAAUCUUC